GACCGACUCGAGUUGACCGUGACGGCGGCCGACGGCGGCGACUCGAACGGCGUCGGCGUCGGCGUCGGCGUCGGUCUCGUGGCCGGCGAUCUGCCCGACGACGUGCACACGAAUACGACGAGCCUGACGAUCGACAUCCUCGACGUGAACGACAACCCGCCCCGGUACACCGGCCCCCUGGAGCUGCAUGUGCCCGAGAACAUCGCCUACGGCUCCGUCGUCCUCGAGGCGUUGACGUUCGACGAUCCCGAUUUGGGCGAAAACGCCACCGUCUCGGUACAGUUGGACCAGCCUGGAGGCCUGUUCGCCCUGCCGGCCCGCGGCGAUCCGGCCGGUCUGCUGGGCGGCGCCAAGUCAUCGGCCCGUUGGUUCUCUCUGGACGGCCGGCGACGUUUGAUCGUCGUCGGUCAGAUCGACCGUGAACGUCAAGAGACGACGUUGCUACGUCUCGUGGCGCACGACUCAUCUCGUGACCGUCGCCUAACGACGACCACGACGUUGCGCGUCCUCGUCGACGACAUCAAUGAUCACGCGCCCGAGCUCACCUUCCCCAGAAACGCCAGCCUUCUCGAGGGCCUGACGGAGCCGGCCAGUUGGUUGCCCAGCUCAUCUGCCCCUGCCUCCGGCUCCGAGUCUUCUGCCUCUGUCGGCUCUUCUGCCUCCGUCGGCUCAUCUGCCUCUGCCGGGUCCGCGGUCCCCGCCGACACACAACAGGGCAUUGUGCUGGUCACCGUGACCGGAGUUGACGGCGAUGCUGGCGAAAAUGGUACCAUCUCGUUUCACACAGUCCCAUGGCCACCGGGCGCCGGGCAACUCGGCCUCUUCGUGCCCGUCCGGGCGUCGGGCCCGACAACUGCCGACUCCGGCCUCGUCUGGCAGGCGGCGGCCGCCGACGGUUACGGCUACUUCGCGAUUCGCGAGCGCACCGGCCAACUGGUCACCAACUGGCUGCCUCAGGCGGAGGCGGACCGGAUGAGUCGAGAGAUGAAUGGUACCGCUGGCCGGGGUUCGAGCCUGGCCGGCCCCAUCCGGGGCCCUCCGAGCGUCGGGCUGUAUGCCGUCUACGUUGAGCUGCGCGAUCAGGGCGUACCGAUGCAGACGACUCGGGCCGUCUUCUUCGUCAACGUGAGCGAGCCGAUCGGCCACCGCUCGGCUACCGGGUUCGCCGGCCUCUUCGCCGGCCUCACCACCGAUUCGACCAUGAGCAACGCCAUCAUCCUCAUCCUCAUAGUCGUCUGCAGCCUCGCCCUCAUCGUCAGUCUCACUGCCGCAAUCUUCUGGGUCCGCUUCCGCGUCGACACGCCAGCUCUUAGCGUUGCCACGGCCGCCAACGCCGUCGCCGCUACCACCGUCGGUAUCGGCGCCCCCGCCAACGGGUCCGUCGGCCUGCCAGUCGGCAUCACUCCCAUCGGCGGUGGUACCAGCAGCUUUGCAUCGGUCCUAUUGCCCGGACAGAAUGGACAAACGCAUCGUCUGGGCAACGGACAUCUGGGCCCCGGCAGCUACCAGACGGGCAGUCUUACGGGCUCAGAUGGUCUGUCCGGCAACGGCUAUCUCAUUGGCGGUUCAAUGGCGGGCGGUGUUGGCAACGGUGGUCUCCUGGGCUACGACAGUCUCUCGGUGAUGCCGACGAGUGGUGAUGAUACCGGCGACGAUCUACUUCAGGCCAAAUGGAUCAGCCGGCCGGGUGGAGCGCUGUUGGAGGGACUCGACUUCGGCCCGGCUGAGCAUCAUCUGCUUGCCGGCGAAGCCGGUCUCUACGCCCCAGUCACGGGGACAACACUGCGUCGGCACCACGGUCUCGGUAUCGGUCUUCUCGACCUGUCGGCCGCCCUGGCGCCGGCGUCGCCCGACACCCUCGGACAGCAUCCUCACGCCCACCGCCUUCAUCUCCACCCUCAUCCCCAACAACACCUUCAACAGCAUCAACACCAACAUCCUCCUUCGCAUCAUCAUCAUCAGCAACAACAACAGCACCAGCACCCGCAGCAACAUGUCUACUUGCCCGGCAUGGAGUACAUCACCACGAGUCUGCCCCUCUGCUCGUUGCAGGGCGCGUCCGGCGAAGAGACCGCCUCAAUUCUGGCCCGACCUAUGCACACCGGCCUGACGGCUCGGCCAGUUAGUCCCGGCCAGAGUCCGUUGGACGAAGACACCUCCUCGGCGACUCUUGCACUCGGUGAUCCCAUGGCAACGGCAGUGGGGCCGAUCUUGGUUCACACGGAUCGGCUGAUCGGCGGUCUCAACGGACCCCUGAACAACGGUCUACUAUUGACGAGCGCCACCACGACCAACCAAAGCGCCACGGGAAGCGACUCUGGCGUGGACAGCAGCGGUUUCAUCGCCGUCAGUACACCGGCCGCCUUCCAGACGCUGGGACAUCCGCAUCAGCAUCAUCAGCACCAUCAGCAUCAUCAACAUCAUCAGCAUCACCAGCAUCAACAGCCUCAAUUUGCCGUUCAGCUGAGCCAGGCCGGCCAGAUGGCCUACUCCGCCGCUCUUCAGCUCCAUUCCAAUUCUCCCCACGACGACCAGAUGCUCGGACUGGAACUGCAACAGGCCGUGGAUCUGAGCGAACACGAGGGUCUAUUGAACAAACCGCCACAGUCGACAGGCGUCGUGGCAAACAUUCCACUCGGCAGUCUUCUGCUGCCCGGCCUGCGAACACAUUCAGCGUCAUCACCACCGUUGCCGAUGAUCUCCGCCAGUCCGGCAGCUUCCAGCGGCCUCCCAGACGCCGGCGACAUGCUUUCGGCUCUCGCCUAUCAGACACGAUCAAUUCUAGCCCCCCGUUCAUUCACCCUCCACUCAGCCCGACACUUGCUGCCGCUCUCCUCUACCUGUACCUACUUCAUCCUUCUCCUCUUCAGUGUCCCAUCAUCACUGCUCCAACUUUGA